AUGCUCUUUCAAUCUCUCGCCUUCUUCUCCCUGGCCUUGUCCGCCAGAGCCACUCUCGCCCCCAAUGUUCAGGGCAUGAACAUGGUCUGGCAGGAGACCUUUGUCGGUGAACAGGGCGGCAUGGUCGAUCUGACCCAGUGGAACAUCAUCACCGACAUCCACAACAACCAGGAGCUCGAGACUUACACCCAGUCCGGCUCCAACAUGCAGCUCUCUGGCGGCCAGACCCUCCAGCUCGUCCCUCAGCAGGCUGCCAACGGCGAGUGGACCUCGUCUCGUAUUGAGUCUGUCCAGUCCUGGACCCCUGCACCCGGAAAAGUCAUGCAAGUCCAGGCCGCUCUCCGUGGUGGCGACAGCGCCGUCAACCAGAAGCAGGGCAUGUGGCCGGCCUUUUGGAUGCUGGGCGAGUCUAUGCGCACCGGCACUCCCUGGCCACUCUGCGGAGAGCUCGACAUCUUUGAGCAGAUCAACGGCCAGCUGACGGGCUACGGCACUGCCCACUGCGACCACGUUGGUGGUGGUGCUUGCAACGAGCCCGCGGGCCUUGGAGAGAGCAUUGCCAUUCCGCAAGACGACCAAUUCCACACCUGGUCCCUCAAGAUCGACCGCACUUCCAACAACUGGCAGACGGAGACAAUCCAGUGGUUCAUGGAUGGCACGCUCUUCCACACUCUCACAGGAGCUCAGAUGGGCGACGAGGGUGUCUGGGCCACUCUGGCGCACUCCCCCAUGUAUGUUAUCCUCAACUUGGCCGUUGGAGGAACAUGGCCUGGCGACCCCAACGAAGCUACUCUGCCCGGCUGGGGCAACAUGUUUGAAGUUCAGUACGUUGCCGUCUAUGCAACAGCCUAG